AUGGUAUCUGAACAAGAGAAAUUUCAAUCAGACAAUAAUUACAAUUACACCAAUAGUGACAACGGUGACAUCGAUGGUACGAACUAUGAUAACAUGAAAUUAACGAGAACAACAAUGUCUUCAUCAUCAUCAUCAUCAUCGUCAUCGUCGUCGUCAUCAUCAUCAACAUCAACGACAUUAAAAAGUGUCGAGAGCGAUCAUAAUACCGAAACACCGGAGAAAUUGUCAACAUAUUAUCGCAGCACGACAACUACAUCUAAACGUUCUGCAGGAACUCAGGAACCAAUUAUAAAUACAUCAACCAAUGGAUACGAUUCAGGCCAUACAUCGUCUGGAACUUUAACACGUUCAUCACGUGCAUAUAGAAUAAUAGAUAGUGACGUUUCGCAAAAAAUUUUGCAACAGUUGGUUGCUGACAAAUUAGCUGCCGCAGAAACAAUUGAAAAAGGAGGAAAAUUUUUGAAACGAAAAGGAAGUAAUAAAGGAACAUCUAAUUUCUUCUUCCAACGAAAAUCAUUCGAUUUUGGAUCACAAAUUUGGAAUAGAACCGAAGAAUUAUCACUUAUUUCUAAAGCACCAAUUUUUCGUACACAUUUCGAUGUUAUUAGAACGUCAAGUUUUAGCGAAAAUCAAACGCAAAUAAUUCGCAAACAUUUGGAUUUCAAUCGUAAUUCAUUACCUCUUGGUAUUACUUCAUUGAAUAACGAGUUAGUUUCAUUUUAA